AUGUAAAAUCCAUAUUAAUCACUUGGUUUAUCAGAAGAUGCUACUCUAACUUAAAUUAAAGAAUAGUAUAGAGAAUUGUCAAAAGUUUUUCAUCCUGAUAAAUAAAGUUAAGAGAAUUAUAAUUUAAGUGUGGAGACUUUUGAAAAAAUAGAUUAAGCAUAUAAAAUUAUUGGAAAUGAGUUUAAUAAACUAGUUUAUGAUAACUUUGGAUUUGCUGGAGUUACAUUAGUUAUGGAAAAUAAGUAACAUUUUGAGUUGAUUGAAUAUAAAUUUCAUUAAGGGAAUGAUGUAAUUGAAGAGAUUAGAGUUUAAUUAUUGCUAAUUAAAUUGGAGGAAGAUGAAUUAAAUUCAUACUCUACUUUGAAAUAAUUUUCAUGUGAAGCUGCAUUCUAAAAUACAUUGAUAUGUACCACAAAUAAAAUUUAAUAAACUGCAUUUAUAUCUUAAAUUUUAUAAUUACCUCGUUGGUAAUAGUUUGAAUUUUCUUUGAAAUCAGAAAUAUAAUUGUUAAUAUAUAAUAAGUAAGAAAUAGAAUUUAGUGAUAACUAUUUAGUUACAGCAUUAAGUUUAAAUUUACCUUUAAUUCAUGGUUGUGGUUUAGAAAUUUAAUAAAAAUUAUCAGAUUUUCAAAUUGAUUAAAUUAUAUUUAAAAAAAAAAUCUCUUUUGGAGAGGUUCACAUAAGUGCAAAAAAUCAUGAUGAUAGCUGGUAACCUUAAAUUAUUGCUGCAAUAGGAUAGGAUUAAUCUUUAGUUUAAAUUACUUUGCAUGCUCAAGAAAAAUAGUUACAUUUUGAUAAAUAACUUACAGAGAGACUUUCACUUUAAGGAUAAAUUACACUAAAUAAUUAUAGACUUUAUUUAUAGUAUUAGGUAGCGAAAGAAUAAAAUUAUGAAUCAACAUAUAAAUUAUGUUAUUAUAAAAAUGGAAAAAAAUCUCUAUUUUUAUUAACAAGUGAUUUUAAAGCUUAAUAUUCUCAUAUAAGAUUCGAUUGGUAAAGUAGUAUUUCUGAAAACAAUUAAUUGACAGUAUUAUUUGCAUUAAGAAAGUUUAAUUCAUCGAUUCGUUUCCCUUUUUCAUUUUAAGUUAAGAGUUUAAAAUCUUUAUUAUUUUGGAUGCUUGGACCACAAAUACUUCCCUUAAUUUGGAGAAAGAAUUGGUUAAAUCCUUGGAUUGAUUUACAAAAGAAAAAAAGAGCACUUUAUCUAGAAAAAUUAGAUGAGUAUUAAAAAUUUAAUUAAGAAACCAGAUAAAAUAUUUCAUAAGGAGAUAAUUACUAAAAAUUCUUAAAAUUCGAAACUGAAUAAAAGUAUGAAUUUUUAGUACAUAUAUAGUGGCCUUGUUAUUACAUUAGCAUAUGUUGGUGAAUAAGGAGACAUAAAUUAAUUUAUAUAGAGUAAGGUUCCAAAUAAAUUUUUAUGUGAUAUCAAGGAACCUUUAUAAGCAGAAAUACUAGAUAGUGGAUUAUUUAUACCUUCUAAAAGUCUUGAUAAAUUGGAUGGAUUUUUCAAAAUUACAAGCAAAAAGUAUUUAUACAUCAUAAUUUUAAGGAAUUCUUCUCAUUAUUGGGGAUACAUUGAAUAUAUUUAUAAAGGGAAAGUGGGAAGUUAAAAAUGGAAUUGGUCUGAACCUUUAUCAAUAGGAAAUGUAUGUAAAUAAAAUCAGAAUUCUAUUAUUGAAACUAUUUUGGAAUUUAUAUAUAAAUGA